AUGGACAAGGAAUGGACAAAAUUGGCUAGAGAGAGUAAAGAGUAUCAAAACGGUGUAGAUUUUUUCCUAGAUUAUGCAUACACCAAAGGAAAACCUCGUGGAAAAGAGAUUUCGUGUCCAUGUGCUGAAUGUUACAACACCAAUUGGUUCACAAGGAAGAUAAGAAAACCCAAUGAUCUUAAUGAUGAUCAUGUGAAUGAUGAAGAGGAUCAAAUUGAUGAAGUAAUUUUUGAAAGAUUUAGAGAUGUUAUACAAGAAGAAUGUGAAUUUAAUGAAGGCCUCAACGAAGAUGCAAAAAAGUUUUAUAAUCUAGUCGAAGAAGCCAAACAAGAGUUAUAUCCGGGUUGCAAAAACUUCUCAAAAUUGUCGUUCACAUUUCGGCUAAAUUUAUUGAAGUGUUUGUAUGGUUGGAGCAAUGAAUCAUUUAAUGCUCUCUUAGAAUUGAUGAAAGAAGCUAUGCCUUCACCGAACAUCCCCGAUACGUUCAAUAAAACUAAAGGCAUGAUAAAGGACUUAGGGCUGGAUUAUAAAAAGAUCGAUGCUUGCCCUAAUGAUUGCAUGAUCUAUUGGAAAAAUUAUGAGAAUGAAACAUCUUGCCAUGUUUGCGGUGCUCCACGUUGGAAGGAAAUUGUCGAAGGAAACCAUCAAGUUGGAAAAAAUCAUGAAUCUUAUAAAGUUUCAGCUAAAAUAUUAAGACAUUUUCCCUUGAUUCCUAGACUUCAAAGGUUGUUUAUGUGUUCAAAGACGGCUAGCUCAUUAAGGUGGCAUAAAGAAGAGCGUUCGAAAGAUGGGAAGUUGAGGCAUCCUUCAGAUGGGGAAGUAUGGAAAGAAUUUGAUAAACGCCAUCCAGACUUUGCUUUAGACUCACGUAAUAUAAGACUUGGAUUAUCCAGCGACGGAUUUAAUUCCUUCAGAACUAUGAAUGUGUCUCAUAGGAAUAAUAUUGAUGUGUACCUUCAACCAUUGAUUGAAGAGCUAAAGGUGUUAUGGGAUUUGGGAGUAGAAACAUAUGAUGCAUCACUAAAGCAAACAUUCCAAAUGCGAGCAAGUCUCUUGUGGACUAUUAGUGACUUUCCUGGGUAUGCUAUGUUAAGUGGGUGGAGUACAAAAGGGAAACUUGCAUGUCCUGGUUGUAAUUAUAACACUAAUUCGACAUAUUUGAAGCAUAGUCGAAAGAUGUGUUAUAUGGGUCAUCGUGCUUUUUUGCCUAUGGAUCAUAAAUAUAGAUCAAAUGCAAGGGAUUUCAAUGGAAGAACAGAAAAUAGGCCACCACCAGAAUUGUUAAAAGGGGAAGAUAUCUUUGAUUUGUUAGAAGGCUUUAACAAUGCAUUUGGUAUGAUGCAAAAGAAAUGUAAUGAUGGUCCAUGGAAGAAAAAAUCUAUUUUUUUUGAGUUGCCAUAUUGGAAGCACAAUAUUUUACCCCAUAAUCUUGAUGUUAUGCACAUAGAGAAAAACAUAUUUGAUAAUAUAAUUGGAACUUUGUUCGAUAUCCUAGGAAAGACAAAAGAUCAUGAAAAAGCUCGUUUAGAUUUACAAGACAUGGGCAUUAGAAAGAAACUUCACCCUAAAGAGUUAGAUCAAGCAAAAAAACCUGAUGGAUGUGCUUCAAACAUUUCAAAAUGUGUUCAACUUGCUGAAAGAAAAGUUAGUGGAUAUAAGAGUCAUGAUGCACAUUUCAUGUUGCAUUACUUGCUUCAAGUAGUUGUGAGAAGUGCAAUGUCUAACCAGAAGGUGAUUGAGGUGGAUGAUUUGGACAUUUUGCAAACUGAGAUUUUAGAAACACUUUGCCAAUCGGAGACAAUUUUCCCCCCGAGUUUCUUUGAUAUAAUGGUUCAUUUGCCAAUACAUUUGGUGAAUGAGGUAAGAUUGGGAGGGCCUGUUCAAUUUCGAUGGAUGUACUUUACAGAAAGAUAUUUAGGAAAGUUGAAGAGUUAUGUUCGUAAUAAAAGUCGUCCUAAGGGUUCUAUUGUUGAGGGUUACUUGGUUGAAGAGUGCUUGACAUUUUACUCGCGAUACUUGCAUAGUGGUGUGGAUACAAGGUUUAGUAGAAUGACAAGGAAUAGUGAUACAUGUGAUCUUAGUCAUCCUAUUGGGGGAAAGAAAAAAGGUGAAGGAAAUUAUUUGGAUUGCAAGUCUAGGAGUCAGGCCCAUCGUUACAUUUUAUUCAAUUGUGACGAUGUCCAAUGUUUUAUAAGUGAGCAUGAAAAUGAAGAUGUAAAUGUGAAUAAAAGAAAAAGGUGGAGCAAAGCAAAAAGUCAAGGGUUAGAUUUUGUCGAAUGGUUUAAGAAGCGUGCCUUGUUAAGUGAUGUAUCUGACAAACUUAAGAAGCUAUCAAGAGGACCAAAUAAAAUUGCAAGACAUUUUUCUGGCUAUGUAAUUAAUGGAUACAGGUUUCAUACAAAACACUGUGAUGCUAGACGUAAAACAAAAAAUAGUGGUGUGACACUAAUGACAGUAACUGAAAGUUUUGCAAGUACCAAAGAUGAAAAUCCAAUAGUACAAUCAAUAGCUUACUAUGGAUCAAUUACUGAAAUAGUUGAGGUUGAUUAUUAUGGUAUGUUGAAGUUUGUGUUAUUUAGAUAUGAUUGGUUUGAAGUUGAAGAAGACAAGUUUGGCUUGACUUGUGUUUACUUUAACUAG